AUGGGCAGGAAGCGGGGCGCGGGGUUGGGCCGCUCUUUGCAGCGGCAGCGCGGCUCGGAGCGGCGCGGCGCCGCGUCAUGGCUGCACGCCAGCGAGGUGGUGGGCGAGAGCGGCCCGGAGCGGCGCUCGGCGGUGGAGCAGAGUCCGCUGGAGGAGUUCCUGGCCACGGCGGAGCUCGCCGGCACUCGCUUCGUGGCCGAGCGCCUGAACAUCCAGUUUGUGUCUGCCCAGAGCCGCACUGGCCUGCUCACGGCCCAGGAGGCCCAGCACGUCCGGCAGCUGCAUGAGGAGAACCGGCAGUUCCUGCGCAUCCCUCGGAGGCCAUAUUGGGAUAGGACAACCAGUUCUGAAGACUUGAAGCAAGCUGAGAGAGAGAGCUUUCUUGAGUGGAGGCGACAGCUUGCCUACCUUGAGGAAGAAAAAAAGUUAAUUCUAACCCCAUUUGAAAGAAACUUGGAAUUUUGGCGUCAGCUUUGGAGAGUCAUUGAAAGAAGUGAUAUUGUUGUCCAGAUUGUGGAUGCUAGAAACCCCCUUCUGUUUAGAUGCCAAGAUCUGGAAAGUUAUGUUAAGGAAGUCAGCAAUGACAAGGAGAACAUGAUCCUGAUAAACAAAGCGGAUUUGCUGAGUGAAGAGCAGCGGGCUGCCUGGGCAAAGUUCUUUGAGAAGGAGGGAGUUAAAGUGGUGUUCUGGUCGGCGUUGGCAGAGUGCAGGCGGCUUUCUGGAGAAGUAAAGGAACUGGAUGCUGACAGUGUAGCAGAUGACCUGAGUGAUUCUGAGGAGGAAAGUUCCAGUCAAGAAGAUGAUGUCACUGCAGAAGAUAGUGCAGAAAGCACAUCCACAGGCAGUGCUUUGCAAACUGAAAACCAGUGUUUGCUUUGUGACAAUGACAGUAGUGAUGAAUAUGAAGACUGUGAGGAUGAUGAAGAGGAUGACUGGCAAACCUGUUCUGAAGAUGAAGGUGGGGACAAAGUAAAUGCUAUUGCCCCAAAGAGUAUGGAAAGCACAACUGAUAUUGUUGCAGUGCAGCAUGUAGUGCAAGAGCAGAACAGGAAUGUCAAGAACUUUAGCCAUCUGGUACAGAGAAAUGAGCUACUGGAGAUAUUCAAAACCCUGCACAGUGGACCAAGGGUGAAGGAUGGGGAAGUAAAUGUUGGACUGGUGGGUUACCCUAACGUUGGCAAAAGUUCAACAAUCAACACAAUUCUUGGAGAUAAGAAGGUGUCAGUGUCUGCAACACCAGGCCGCACGAAGCACUUCCAGACUCUGUAUGUGGAGCCUGGCCUGUGCCUCUGUGAUUGCCCUGGUCUGGUGAUGCCAUCUUUCGUCUCCACCAAAGCAGAGAUGAUUUGUUCUGGAAUUCUACCUAUAGACCAGAUGAGGGACCAUGUUCCACCCAUUUCUUUAGUUUGCCAGCAUAUCCCACGAAACAUUUUGGAAGCAACCUAUGGAAUAAAUAUCAUAAGGCCAAGGGAAGAUGAGGAUCCAGAUCGAAAGCCAACAGCUGAAGAGCUUCUAACAGCAUAUGGAUAUAUGAGAGGCUUUAUGACAGCCCAUGGUCAGCCAGACCAGCCGAGAUCAGCUCGAUAUGUGCUAAAAGACUAUGUCAGUGGGAAGCUGUUAUACUGCCAUCCACCUCCUGGCAUUGAUCCGGAUGGUUUUCAGCACCAGCAUGAAAGGUGUCCAGAGAGCAGAACUGUCCAAGCCAGUGGACCAGAGAAGCCUAAAAACAAUACCAAAGCAAAACAAAUUGAAAAUGUAGUGGACAAAUCAUUUUUCCACCAGGAGAACGUUCGUGCUCUGAUGAAAGGCGUCCGAGCUACGAUGGGAUACCGGCCUGGCAGUGGCCUCGUGUCUGUGCCUGCACCCAAUGCGGGGAGUGUGGUAGGAAAGCCCUGGAAAAAACAUGGCAACAGGAACAAGAAGGAGAAAGUUCGCAGGAUCACUAAGCAUCUGGAGAAUUAGCCGUGCCCUGAUAUCCUGCCUUGCCAGGGCAGGCUCGUCACUGUCCUGCAGGCGUGGACUAAGGGAAGAGUUUUAAAGUGGGCAUCGCUAACUCACCUUGGGAGCUCUGCGCUGUGGGUUGGCCUGGGCAGGGGAUAAGAAUGGGCUCUGAUACUUUGGAGCUCAUCUUUUCUGAGAGAAAAAAAUGGACCAGGCCAUUUGUGUUACCUGGGAGCCAGCCCGGGCAUUUGGGCACUGCUGAGAUGUCCUUUCAAUGGAAGCAGAUGGAGCUGUGUAGGAGUGUUUUUUCCUUAAGCAAGCCAUGUAAAACUGACUAAAAUCUUUAUAAACCGUUGAAUCUUAAUGAGUGACAUUUGUUACCUUGUGAGAUGCUAUUGCUCAUCUCCUGGUUUCUUUCUUCUUUUUUUUUCUUCAUUCAAAGCUUGUUUGUUGAUUUGACAGGACACUUGAGUGUGUUGAAAAAUUACUUCAAAGAUUUUUAUUGCCAUCUUUCCUUUUCUACUCAGCCCUAUUCCAUGAAAUCUACUCUGAAACCACUCCCUGUUUCCCAGCCUACAGCAGAGCAUGGAACACCAUUUAAGGGAAGCAUUGCCUUUAUGUCCUUCACACUGAGCUGGUAUCAGUUGUUUUUGUGAUUUCCUCGUGGUAAUUUAAAACACUCUUUUUCCAUGUGGCUGGCAAAAAAUCUGCUGGUGCUCAUUUAUCCUAAAACACGGCGAGGAUUUUACUCUGUGUA